CUUUUUUCUUAACUUUUUAGGUUAGGUUGUUUUUGGGCUGUUUGUUGGUUUGCCUUUGCUGGUGAUAAUCGGGUUUUUGAUAUGAGAUUGCUUAGCAGAUGCUUAACAGUUUACUUAUGGCUUUGAUAACUUAAUCUAUCAAAAACUGAGUUUCAUUUUUUUCUGUGAUUUUUGUUUUCUAAGUUUUUAUUAAGUAUCUUUUUUCUUUCAUCAUCAUCUUCAUCCUCAUCUUCACCAUAUUCAUAUUUCUAAUCAAACCUUUUACCAUGUCACCGGUAGUGUUCUUUUCUUCACCUUUUCUUCUCUUGACUAUUUUCUUAAUUUCAUUUGAAUCAACAUUUGCUCAAACAAGUGAACAACAAAAUCCGUGUGUAUCUCGGGAAACCUGCCAUGAAUGUAUACGAGCUGAUCCUAGUUGUGCCUGGUGCACACAACAUGGUUUCUCUGAUGAAACCAACAAAGCUAGAUGUGAUUUUUAUAAAUCUCUAAUUAAUGAGGGUUGUGAUCCUAAGAAAAUACAUUUCCCUCUUAGUGUGGUUAAUGUGACCGAGUCAAAAGAAUUCUCGGAUCAAGCUCUCUCACCUGACUCUGCGGUUCAACUUAGACCUAAACGGAUAACUCUUAAAUUACGUCCCAAUGAUACUCAGCGAUUUUACACUGAAUUUAAACAAGCCGUUGACUAUCCGGUUGACCUUUACUACCUCAUGGACCUUUCCAAAUCUAUGGAAGACGAUAAAGAUAAAUUGGGUCUACUUGGUAACAGACUGGCUGAAGAGAUGCAAAAAAUAACCAGAAACUUUAGAUUAGGUUUUGGGUCAUUUGUUGAUAAAACAGUCAUGCCAUACAUUAGUAUGGUUGAAGAAAAACGACGAGAACCUUGUAAAGGAUGUGUUGCGCCCUAUGGAUUCCGUAAUCAUAUGCCUCUAGCUGAUGAUAGCGAAAUAUUUGUGACUAAAGUUAAAGAAACCAAUAUUUCUGGUAAUCUGGAUGCACCGGAAGGUGGUUUUGAUGCUAUAAUGCAAGCAAUUGUUUGCACCAAAGAAAUUGGCUGGAGACAAGAUUCUCGUAAACUUGUCGUAUUUUCAACUGAUUCAAGUUUCCAUUAUGCUGGAGAUGGAAAGCUUGGUGGUAUAGUUAAACCUAAUGAUGGUGAAUGUCACAUGAGACAAGGUGAAUACACGGAAAGUGUUAAUCAAGAUUACCCAUCAAUCAGCCAGAUCAAUCAAAAAGUUAUGGAUUAUUAUGUAAAUCUCAUUUUUGCUGUCACUGCCAAUCAAGUUCAUAUUUAUGAAAAAUUAAGCACUUUGGUGAAGGGUUCAUCCACAGGAAUGCUUAAAAAUGACUCUUCCAAUAUUGUUGACCUUGUUAAAGCUGAAUAUCAAAAGAUUACUUCUUCUGUUGAGCUUAUUGAUGAUUAUAAAGGAGAUGAUAUUAAACUGGAAUAUUAUUCAAAGUGCCUUGGUGGUAAACUUGAGAAAACUAACAAAUGUGAUGGACUACGAGUUGGUACCGAAGUAAAAUUUGAGGUUCGAGUAACAGUCAACAAGUGUCCCGAGCUUCGUAAAAACUGGAAUCAAACUAUCCGAAUUAGUCCAGUGGGGCUUAAAGAAACUUUGGAAUUGGACGUGGAAAUUAUUUGUGACUGUGAAUGUGAACAAGAAUGGAAUAAAGAAAAAGGAAGUGAUUAUUGUGGCGGUCAUGGUACCUACGAAUGUGGAAUUUGCAAUUGCAAUGAAAAUUAUUAUGGAUCCAAAUGUGAAUGUGACUUGAAAAAUGGCGGCAUAGAAGAUGAACUGUCUUGUAAAGCGCCAAAUGACACUCGAUCAUGUACAGGUCGAGGUGAAUGUGUUUGUGGAAAGUGUAAAUGUAAUGACCCCAGUAGUCCAGAUGAAAGGAUUUACGGUAAAUACUGUGAAUGUGACAACUUCUCCUGUGUCCGUAAGAAUGGUAGAGUCUGUAGUGGCUUUGGUACCUGUGAUUGUGGUAAAUGUCGAUGUGACCCAGGCUGGAUUGGUGAUGAUUGUAGUUGUUAUGAUUCAACUGAAGGUUGCCGUGCUUCACCGGAUGAUAAAAUAUGCUCAGGUCAUGGCAAUUGUAUCUGUAACUCAUGUCAAUGUCACUUUAGUGAAGACGGCCAACCCUACACUGGACAAUUUUGUCAACUUUGCCCAACCUGUCGAACCCAAUGUGAGAAGCUUAAAGACUGUGUUCGUUGUAAAGUCCAUAAAACGGGUCCACUAACAAAAGAAGAGUGUGACUUUGGUACUAACGUAACUAAGUGUCCUUGGUCCGUGGUCGUCGUCGAUGAUUUAGAGGUAGAUGCAGAAAAGGGCGAAGUUCACUGUACCUUCAUCGAUGAAGAUGACGAUUGUAAAUAUCAAUUUAAAUACAUGAUUCAUGGUGAUGAAGAUAAUAAACGAAUUGAGUUAACUGCUCAACGAACCAAAGAUUGUCCAACACCAGUUAAUAUACUAGCCAUUGUAAUAGGAGUAAUUGUUGGUAUUGUACUUGUUGGUCUUUUAUUAUUAUUGGUGUGGAAAUUAAUUACGACGAUUCAUGAUAGCCGUGAAUAUGCUAAAUUUGAGAAGGAACGACAAAUGGCCAAAUGGGACACGGGUGGAAAUCCUAUUUACAGAGAGGCAACAACUACUUUUAAAAAUCCUACUUAUGGUGGAAAGCAAUGAAAUCGGGAAUACAAAGAUUGACAAAACUAAAGAAAUGAAGAAAAUCUUAUUUUAAUUUACUAAUAGCCUAAUCACAGUCUGUGAAUGAACU